AUUAACAAACACAGCAGCCGCCAUUUUCCCCGGAGCGGAAGGAGGAAGAGCAGAAGGGAAACAUUAAAGUCUUCAAGUGAAAAUCAACAAUAAAAUAAAAUAAUCGGUGAUGGAAGUCCCGGGACCGGACAGCGACUGGAGGAGCCCUCAGUUCCGACAGAAAGUGGUCGCUCAGAUCGAGGAGGCGAUGAGGAAGGCCGGAACCGCACACACCAAGUCCAGCAAUGACAUGGAGAACCACGUUUAUGUCAAAGCCAAAUCCAGAGAGGAGUAUCUGUCUCUGGUUGCGAGGCUGAUCAUACACUUCAGAGACAUCCACAAGAAGGCUCACGGAGGUCCAGAUCCCAUGAAUGCCCUGACUAACCUGACAGGGGUUGGAGGGGGCCCGGGCGCCAUUGGCAUGGGGCCUCGCCCCACCGGUGCUCCAGUGGGUGGCAUGGGGGCCAUGGGGCAGAUGCAGAUAGGCCAGCAUGCCAUGGCAGGGGUGGCUGGAAACCCACAAGCCAUCGGGGGUCCGGGCCAGAUGCCGAUGCAGCAGAUGGUGCAGGCGCAGCAGCAGCAGCAGUCCAUCCAGUUCCAGCAGUCCAUCCAGUUCCAGCAGGCCCAGCAGGCCCAGCAGGUCCAGCAGGCCCAGCAGGCCCAGCAGCAACAGCAGAACGCUGCCAUCCAGCAGCAGUUCCAGGCGCAGGUGCAGCAGCAGCAGCAGCUGAGGGCGCAGCAGCUGCAGCAGCAGCAGCAGCAACAGCAACAGCAACAGCAACAGCAGCACCACCAGAACCAGCAGCUGCAGCAGCAGCACCCCAACCAGCAGCUCCAGCAGCAGCACCAGAACCAGCAGCAGCAGGUCCAGAACCAGCAGCAGAUGAGGAUUCAGCAGCAGCAUCAGAUGGUGCAGCAGCUGCAGUUCCAGCAGCAGCAAGCUCAGGCGAUCCAGCACAUGGUCCAGCAGCAGCAGCAGCAGCAGCAGCAGCAGCAGCAGGUUCAGAGCCAGGCUCAGCCUCAGCCGGGUCAGAUGCCUCCUCACUCUCAGCAGCAGCAGCAGCAGCCCGGCUUGGUGACUCAGUCUCUGGCCACUCAGCAUGUUCCCAUCAACUCACUCAGUCAGCAGCAGCAGCAGCAGCAGCAUCAGCAGCAUCAGCUCAAGAUGCAGGCCCUCCAGGCCCGUGCAGUGCUGCAGCAGCAGGCGCAACAGCAGGCGCAGCAGCAGGCGCAGCAGCAGGCGCAGCAGGCCCAGCAGGCCCAGCAUGUGCAGAUCAACGCCGCCGCCGCCGCUGUACCUGGACAGCUGGUCCGUCCCGGGCUGCAGAUAUCAUCCCGGAUGCCUCGAGCCCCCCUGCCUAACCCCUCUCCAAACGCUGCAGCCGCCGCCGCUGCAGCAGCAGCCGCCGCCGCUGCUGCUGCGGCCGCCGCGGCACAAGGACAGCAGAUGUCACAGCAGGUACAGAUGAUACAAUCGCCCUCACCGGUCCAGACGCCACAGCCGAUGCCCCCCCCUCCUCAGCCAUCACCUCAACCCCCGACCUCACAGCCCAACUCCGUCAGCUCUGGUCCCACUCCGUCUCCAGGGGGUUUCCAGCCCAGCCCGUCCCCUCAGCCCUCACACAGCCCCGCCAACGUCCGAACCCCCGGGAACUACGGAGUCCCCUCUCCAACGCUCAACACUCCAGGUAACCCAGUGAUGAGUCCGGCUGGAGCCACGUCUCUGGAGGAUCAGCAGUACAUGGAGAAACUCAAACAGCUGUCCAAAUACAUCGAACCUCUGCGCAGGAUGAUCAACAAGAUCGACAAAAAUGAAGACCGGAAGAAGGACCUGAGUAAGAUGAAGAGUCUGUUGAAUAUCCUGACUGAUCCAAACACCAGAUGUCCCCUGAAGACGCUGCAGAAGUGUGAGAUCGCUCUGGAGAAACUGAAGAACGACAUGGCCGUGCCGACCCCCCCGCCACCCCCGGUGCCCACCAAGCAGCAGUAUCUGUGUCAGCCGCUGCUGGAUGCCGUCAUGGCCAACAUCCGCUCUCCGGUCUUCAACCACUCUCUGUACCGGACCUUCGCCCCCGCCAUGACCGCCAUCCACGGACCGCCCAUCACGGGUCCCAAUGUCUCCGGCAGGAAGAGGAAGCACGAGGAGGACGAGCGGCAGACCAUCCCCAACAUCCUGCAGGGGGAGGUGGCCCGCCUCGACGUCAAGUUCCUCGUCAACCUGGAUCCUUCGUUCUGCAGCAACAACGGCACCGUGCACCUCGUCUGCAAGCUGGAUGAUAAAAACCUUCCCAGCGUUCCUCCUCUGCAGCUCAGCGUUCCUGCUGAUUAUCCCGACCAGAGUCCGUACUGGGCCGACGACGGGGACCAGUACGGUGCAAACAGCUUCCUGCAGACGGUCCACAGAAACAUGACGUCCAAACUGCUGCAGCUGCCGGACAAACACUCGGUGACGGAGCUGCUGAACACCUGGGCUCAGAGCGUCCGACAGGCCUGUCUGUCCGCCGCCUGAAGCCCCGCCCACCCAAUGUCACCUGCUGCGUUUACAUGGACACUACAUCAUGACUCUCAUUAAAAGGACUGCUGCAGGUCAAACUGCUCCCCUGUUGUACCCGACCUUAUUCCUCAUGAAUUCUGGGUAAAUUAAGACUUUUUUUAAUGGUUGCUGACGGAGCGUCUCACCUGUUCUCACCUGCAAACAUACGGAUCCUGUUUCCGUCCCCGCCGAGAGCAGAGUUCAGUCAGUGUGUACAUAAUAUUUACUCCGCCAUGUAAAAGCUCAUUUAUCCCGAUAUAUAUUCUGCUGCCUGAAUGGAACACGGCUGUUUGUCGUUUAGUUGGAGUGAGUUUCUGUUUCGUACCACAGGGGGCGCUGUUGUAAAGGAAAACUAAAGGUUUGUACACUUUGCUUUUCAAAGUGAAAAUAUAAAUGUAUUUUUUUGCUAUCAUAAAUAAAAAAACUUCAGUUCAACUUUUUAAA